UCUAUCCUCUUCCUGACUUCUUCCACUGCUCUCCCGGCUCUCGAGGCGGGAAACUACGAGUGGGGGGAUUCGCCGCUGCCCGGCGGCGUUUUGGUUCGCCUUCCUCGCCGCCGGUCACCGCCGCCAUGGGAAUCAAGGGCUUGACGAAGCUGCUGGCGGAGCACGCGCCGGGGGCCGCGGUGCAGCGGCGGGUGGAGAACUACCGCGGCCGCGUCAUCGCCGUCGACGCCAGCCUCAGCAUCUACCAGUUCCUCAUUGUGGUUGGAAGGAAAGGGUCAGAGCUUCUGACCAAUGAGUCUGGUGAAAUCACGAGUCAUCUGCAGGGUAUGUUGAACCGGACAGUAAGAAUGCUAGAAGCAGGGAUAAAGCCUGUUUUUGUUUUUGAUGGCGAGCCACCUGAAAUGAAGAAAAAGGAGCUUGCAAAAAGGUCCUUAAAGAGGGAUGAUGCUACAAAAGAUCUUAAUAGAGCUAUUGAGAUUGGGGAUGAGGACUCAGUUGAAAAAUUUAGCAAAAGAACUGUCAAGGUCACAAAAAAGCACAAUGAUGAUUGUAAGAGACUGUUAAGAUUGAUGGGUGUCCCUGUUGUUGAGGCACCAGGUGAGGCUGAAGCACAGUGUGCAGCUCUUUGUGAAAAUCACCAGGUAUACCAACUGUGAAUGCCAGGUCUAGCUGUAGCUUCAGAAGACAUGGACUCUCUGACUUUUGGUGCUCGAAGGUUUCUUCGUCACUUAACUGAUCUUGGUUAUAAGAAAUCUCUUGUGACAGAAUUUGAAGUGUCAAAGGUUUUGGAAGAACUUGGACUCACAAUGGAUCAGUUCAUUGACUUGUGUAUCCUUAGUGGAUGUGAUUACUGUGAGAAUAUUAAAGGUAUUGGGGGGCAAAGAGCCCUGAAACUCAUUCGACAGCAUGGUUGCAUAGAAGAAGUUGUGCAAAAUCUUAAACAGACGAGAUUCAGUGUUCCAGAAGACUGGCCUUACCAGGAAGUUCGGACAUUGUUUAAACAACCUAAUGUUUGUACAGGAAUUCCAGAUUUCAUGUGGACCUCACCUGACUCACAGGGCCUUAUGGAUUUCUUGUCAACCGAAAACAGUUUCAGUCCUGAUAGGGUAGCAAAGGCGGUAGAAAAGAUUACUGUUGCAAGGGACAAAUAUUCCCCAGAAAGAUUGAAGCUUUUGACACCAGUUGCUAGCUUACCGGGAUCUCAUACUGAGAAGGAACCCACAUGCAUACUAGGCUCUCCAGGACAAGGUCUGAAGAUCAGGUCUGCUCCACAAGUGUGCAAGAGUUCAAGCUCUGGCUUCAGAUAUGCUAGCUCAAAACCAUUUAUGCUGGACAUGCAAUCAGGAUUCCAUGGAAGACCUUAUGCUUUCUCUUCUUUCUCUUCCCUCUAAAUAUGUAGCUGCUCUGGUUUACACGAGCUGAUUGGUUGAAGCUGUAACUGCAGCUCAUGAAGAAUGGAAGCCCACUUAAAAUAUGUUACUCGCAUGGUACUAUUGUAAUCUUUUGUACUGUAACCUAGCUGGUGAACUGCUGCAGUUCAUCUUCUCACCUCUCAUGCUGAUUGCCACUACACCACUUAAUCUUUCUUUGCUGGUCUUCAAGGA